GAUGCUGAUGCCAGCACCCUUCCUGUUGCUCCUGCUCCUGCUCCUAGGGGACCCGACCAUGGGCCUCUCCCGCAGGUUCUACAAGGCUGGGCCUGUCUUCAGCUUCCUCAACACAGCCCUGUCUGAGCUCAAGCAGAACGGGAUGGAGGAUGCGCCCCUUCUAAGCAAAAAGAGCUUCCACUACCUGCCCAGUCAAGACCCGUCUUCCAGAGCAGCAGCAGAAGGGAAUCAGGACAAGGACAGGACUUUCCCUGGCUCUGGGGGUGGGGUGGGAAGCACCCGGUACAAAUACCUGUCCCGAGCACCGCAGAGGAAGAAGCUGCACCAGGACAAGGGCAGAAGCGGCCAGCGCAGCAAGUUCACGCUGUCCCUCGACGUCCCCACUGACAUCAUGAACAUCCUCUUCAACAUUGCCAGGGCCAAGGACUCGCGAGCCAGGGCAGCCGUCAAUGCCCAACUGAUGGCACAGAUCGGGCGAAAGAAGUAGAGGCAGAGGCCCAGCAGGAGAGCAGCACAUGGAGGACCCAGGCCAGGCAGGGCCAGAGGGCGAGGGUGACAGCCCAGGCUGCCGCACCCAGCUGGCCUGCAUUCGGAAGAUCAGUCCAGUUUCACAGGCUGCUUCACUGCUGGGCACUCUCUCACAGCCGCCGGCCCUGUUUCCUCUCUGUACAAAUGCGCAGAAGCUCAGUGCUGUUCAGCCGGUGCACGCACGAGAGGUCGAGGUGUCUCCCCGUGUUCUGUGUCUCCUUUCUUGUUCCCCAUGGCCAGAGGCAAGGUUCACACCUUCCGCCCCUCCAGAUCAAUCGCUUCUGGCCACAGGCCUGAGAAGAGAGAGUGCAGGGCUCCUCUCCCGCUCUGAACAACUCUUGCCGUGAGGAGGUAACUGUCACUGCCUCGCAGACAAAUCCCUUCCCUACCAUCUUGCUCCCCAUUAAAACCGAUGGCUCCCUGGACUCCUGGGUC